UGUUAGAAAGAGGAUGAGCUCAUCGUUUAGAAGCCAGUUUGAGAGCGCAGAGUGAGGACGGAGGAGGACAGAGACGGUGUGCGGACAUUUGACGGAGCGCCACUCUGGACUUCUGCAGACGGGCAGGACGUGCAGGCGGUUCUGAAGAGCAUCAUUUACAGUGUUCCGUGCGGUGCUGCAGGUAUGGUCUGGUCCCGGGAGAGAGAUUCGGAACGGCCUCCGCUGUCCGUCAUCCUGCCGCAGCUCUACCUCGGAGCGGAGAGCGACGUGACGCAGGACCGCCUGGCCUCUCUGGGUAUCUCCUAUGUGCUGAGUGUGAGCCGCUGCAGCCCCCAGCCCUCCUUUCUGCCCUGCUCCAGAUAUCUUCGCAUCCCCAUUGAUGACUCCCUGUGGGACGACCUGCUGCCCUGGAUCCCACAGGCUCUGCACUUUAUUGAUGCCGCCAUGUCCUCUGGUGCCUCUGUCUUGGUUCACUGUGCAGCAGGAAUCUCACGCUCCCCGGCUCUGGCUGUAGCAUAUAUCAUGUACAGCCUGGGAAUGGACCUGGACCAUGCCUACAGGUUUGUGAAGGAUCGUCGACCCUCCAUUUCCCCUAACUUCAACUUCCUGGGUCAACUGCAGCAUUUCCAGGGAACUCUGAGCAAGGUUGCCCCUGGUGGCGACGUCCUCAUCCAGCGGCUGGAUAAUCACCUGCUGUCUGUAAACGACAGUGUUAACUACACUGACACCAUUCAGAAGACUAAUCAUCAGGCUGACAGUGUCACUAACACUUCAGCAGAGGCCAAACAGGCCUACAACGAGAAUUUCUACCACUUCAACAAAACCUUUCAGAGAAACUCACUUUCAGAUGAAAGUGGGAACAAGCAGGUUUCACUGUCAGGGAAGCUCCAGAACAUUAAUUUGACUCUCAAUCAAAACCAGCAGCAACUACAGAUCCCAGGUGUGGUUCGAGCUCCAAGUCCCUGUGAGCCAGUCAAACCAGAAGCAAAGCCUACACUACAGCUCCCAGCAGGCUCUGCUUCUCUGCUUGAGAAACGCAAAAGCCUCACCCUCUCCUUAACCCCUGUGGGAAUCUGCCCUCCCUCAACAGCCAGCAUCAGCCAGCGAACAAGGGCUGCUACCACUCUCCAAACUGUCUGCACUGGGGAAAUGAGAGAAGGGCCAGAGGCCAAGACAAAGAGCAACACUUCCUCCUGCAGGCAGCUUGAAGACACCCAUUGGGAACAGACUCCCUCCCACAACAAGUGCAGCAGAAAUGAGGUGAUGGAGCAGAGUCUGUUGUCGCCGCUCAGCUUCACCCUCAACAAGCUGCUGGGCUGGGGGGAGAGGGUGCUGCUGGGAGGGAUGUUUGUCCAGCCUGUGAGGAUGGGACAGCCUGCAUACAGCUGAUCUUCAGGUUGCUUGAUGUGUCUGUUUAUAUCUGUGCAUGUCUGUCAAAAGGAACCAAACCACACACUAGGUCUGUCUUCUAUUUAUGUAUUUAUUUAUUGCAGAGCUGAAUAUAACCCUACCUGACAACAAACCUGAACACAGAUGAGUCCUGUUUGUUACAUCUUGACCCCAGUCACCCUGUCCUUUGUAAGAUGAAGUUAUUUUAAAAGGCUUUUAAAAAUGGCACAAUGGCUUCAAAAGUAUUUACUGAUGAUUAAAAAUUGCAUUUCAA